CACUCUCUGGCCUGCUGUAUAUAUCCACCUCCCUCCGGCCUCCAUUUCUUCUCGACUUGAACACGGCCAGCGUCUCAUCGGCUGGGCGUGGUCUACACUGCACGCACACUUACCACCAGCCACCGCAAGUGAAUCACUAGCCGGAAGACAGGCCAACCCCACUGCUAGUGCUAGGAAUCUAGGAGCGAGAACGAGAGACCAUGUCCUCAGAGGCCAGCAGCGUCGUCGUCGCCGACGAGAAUGGAGCGGCGGAGACGGUCGGCGUCGGGCGGUACGUGGAAAUGGAGAAGGACCAAGAGUCGAGCGCAGCCAAGUCGCGGCUCUCCGGCCUGCUCUGGCACGGCGGCUCCGCCUACGACGCUUGGUUCAGCUGCGCGUCCAACCAGGUGGCUCAGGUGCUCCUGACCCUGCCCUACUCGUUCUCGCAACUGGGGAUGCUGAGCGGCAUACUGUUCCAGCUCCUGUACGGGCUGAUGGGCAGCUGGACGGCGUACCUCAUCAGCGUUCUCUACGUGGAGUACCGGGCCAGGAAGGAGAGGGAGAAGGCGGACUUCAGGAACCAUGUCAUCCAGUGGUUCGAGGUGCUGGACGGGCUGCUCGGGAGGCACUGGAGGAACGUCGGCCUGGCCUUCAACUGCACGUUCCUGCUCUUCGGCUCGGUCAUCCAGCUCAUCGCAUGCGCAAGCAACAUCUACUACAUCAACGACAAGCUGGACAAGCGGACGUGGACGUACAUCUUCGGCGCCUGCUGCGCCACGACGGUGUUCAUCCCGUCGUUCCACAACUACCGGAUCUGGUCGUUCCUGGGCCUCGUCAUGACCACCUACACGGCGUGGUACCUCGCCGUCGCGUCCCUCAUCCAUGGCCAGGUUGAUGGCGUGAAGCACUCCGGGCCGACCAAGAUGGUGCUCUACUUCACCGGGGCCACAAACAUUCUCUACACUUUCGGAGGGCACGCUGUUACCGUGGAGAUCAUGCACGCGAUGUGGCGGCCGCAGAAGUUCAAGGCGAUCUACCUGAUGGCGACGCUGUACGUGCUGACGCUGACGCUGCCGUCGGCGGCCAGCGUGUACUGGGCGUUCGGCGACCAGCUGCUGACCCGCUCCAACGCGCUGGCGCUGCUCCCGCGCACGGCGUUCCGCGACGCCGCCGUCGUGCUCAUGCUCGCCCACCAGUUCAUCACCUUCGGCUUCGCCUGCACGCCGCUCUACUUCGUCUGGGAGAAGCUCGUCGGCCUGCACGACUGCCGCAGCCUCUGCAGGCGCGCCGCCGCGCGCCUCCCCGUCGUCGUCCCCAUCUGGUUCCUCGCCAUCAUCUUCCCCUUCUUCGGGCCCAUCAACUCCGCCGUCGGCUCCCUCCUCGUCAGCUUCACCGUCUACAUCAUCCCGGCGCUGGCGCACAUGAUCACGUUCCGGUCCGCAACAGCCCGUGAGAACGCGAUGGAGCCGCCGCCGCGGCUGCUGGGGCGUUGGACGGGCGCGUACAUGAUCAACGCGUUCGUGGUGGCGUGGGUGCUGGUGGUCGGCUUCGGCUUCGGCGGCUGGGCGAGCAUGACAAACUUCGUCCGCCAGAUCGACACCUUCGGCCUCUUCACCAAGUGCUACCAGUGCCCGCCGCCACCGCCCCUGCCGUUCCCCGGCGGCGGCCUCGGCAACAUCACGAUGCCAUUCAACGGCGACGGGCUCCCUCCUACCCCGGCUCCUUCGCCGGCGCAUUACUUCUUCCGCCACCACCGGCAUCACAGCCACCACCGCGGGCUCUGAUGAGAGACGAUGAAAUGAACCCGGCUUACCACCAGUAGUGCGUGCGUGGCACACUGCUGCUUUAGUUUGAGCUGAUCCCUUAGUUAAGUCUAGCUUAAUUAGCACCUGCAUGCAGCAUCUUCGUUCUCUCCUCUAGCUUGCUGGUGUCGAACGCAUGCUUUCCCGGUUUCAGUGACUUUAGAGACCCUGCCUGAGCCUGACACGAGGGGAGUAUCACUGUAUCAGUACUAGCAUGCAGUCUCUUGUGUUCCGGGCUGUGUCCUGGCGUGGAGCUCAAAGAAGGGGAAUCCAUUUCUACAGC